AUGUGGGGUGCACACGUGCAGGUCAGCUUCAGGACACUGGGGGGGGGGGGCUGGCAGAAAGCCGAGGCCCCCUCAUCAAGGCCCUCCUCCCCGGCCUGCAGGCAGGAGGCUGGAGGGAGCAGCUGUCCCUGCCCUGACCCGGGUCAGCACGGCAGCGCCUGGGGGGACUUUGAAGGCUUCCGGGAAUCUUCAGCCAGGUCUGAGCCCUUCUCUCAGUGCCUUGGACGCCUGGCGGGCCCCGCAGCCUUGUGCCACCCGGAGGAGCGUGGUUCUCUCCAGCCGCACGAGGGCGGACGCGGCGGCACCCACGCUGCGUUGGUCACGCCUUCCGAGGUAAUUGCGAAGAGCCUGGCACCCCCCGAGAGGGAAGCGUUGGUUAGAGUGCCGCUCGCCGGGGCUUCGUUCCUGGGCACGGCCCUGCGCACGCCCCUGGCCGCCUCAGGCCUCGGUCCCCCCAUCUGCCCGCACCGUUCCGCGCCUGUUCUCAGCUACGAGGACAUUUUUAAGGCAGCUUUUCCGGAAGUACCGGUACAGGCGGCAGCCCCAGAUGUUCCUGUCUUAGCCUGUUUCUUAGAAGUCCCCAGUGAGGAGACAACUGGCCUUGCAUCUGGACCUGAGCCAUUUUGUCUCGAGUCUGGAAGGCUCUGGAGAUCUCUUCAGGACACACGCGAGGCACAGGCUUGGCAAGGCUUCUGGCUCGAGUCCGGCUGCCGGGAAAGCUUCCUCCUUGUUCUGGGCAUAGACGCUGCUCAACAGAGCCUCACAGGGGGUUCGGGGCCCGGGCUGGAAGGCCCCCCCCUCAUGGAGCAGGAGGAGCCAGUGGAUGGCAGCAGCCCCCCUUGGGAUUCCCGCAGUGGCCUGAUCCAGACCCAGUUCUCGGGGAGCCCCGGCUGCAGACAGGGGGCCCUGAUCACAUACGGCCUCUUCCUGAAGAAGAUGCCCUUCCCCGGACACAUGCAGCACCUCCCGGUGCCCAGGAAGCAGCCACUGUUCACUUGGCGCAGCCUUGCGAUGGCGCUGUUGAGGCGAGAUGUGUGCUGA